UAUGGACACCAUGUUGUUGUGUGCCCUUGACGUCGCUUUUGGAGGACCUACGACAGGGUUUCCUCGGCCAGAUUUGCUCAGAGGAGGUUUGGCCCUUGCCUUUCCCUGAGGCGGAGACAGUGUGCCUCCUCUUCGCCCCAAUGGCUGAGAAGAGGGAGGAGCGACGUCGAAGGAGAGCCCGCGUUGACAUUCUUCUGUCAUUCUUCCGUACCUCUUUGGUGGUGCAGGCCCCGGCUUCGCUGAUUGGCUCCGCGGAGCCCUCAACGGCGCUCCUGAUUGGAUCCCAGAACCGGUUCCUAUGGUUACGGGGCGUGCUCCCACCUCCAGGGCGCGCAGGCGCAGUUGGGUUUUGGCGGUGAGGCGAAGAAGAAGCAGAGGCUGCGGUGAUGAUGGAAGGCGGAGAGCCAGGCCCCGCGGCGGAUGCUGCCUCGGCGGCGAAUGUCUUCUCCUUGUCCGGGCUGGGAGCCGCCUUGCGUGCCGCUCCGGAGGCUCCGGACCCGUCCUUCGUGGGCUACCUGCAGCUGCCCUGGCAGCGCCAGCCCCGCGUCUGCAAGAUCCUGGGCCACCGCCGGCGCCGCCUCACCAGGCUCCACCGCAGAGCGGGGCCCUUGGGCAAGGAGAGCCACGCUCUGAAAAGAUUGAGAGAUGCUGCCAAUUCUAAUGAUUUGGAAACAGUGCAGCAGCUCCUGGAAGAUGGGGCAGACCCCUGUGCGGCUGAUGACAAAGGUCGAACGGCACUGCACUUUGCUUCCUGCAAUGGAAACGAUCAUAUUGUGCAGUUGCUCUUGGACCAUGGAGCUGAUCCAAACCAGCGAGAUGGACUAGGAAACACUCCCCUGCAUUUGGCUGCCUGCACGAACCAUGUUCCUGUCAUCACCACACUGCUUCGUGGAGGAGCUCGAGUAGAUGCCUUGGAUCGAGCUGGAAGAACCCCUUUGCAUUUGGCCAAGUCCAAGCUGAACAUCUUGCAGGAGGGACUCUCGCAGAGCCUAGAAGCAGUGCGUCUCGAAGUAAAGCAGAUCAUUCAGAUGUUGCGGGAAUACCUCAACCGCCUUGGGCACCAUGAACAGCGGGAACAGCUGGAUGACCUUUGCACAAGGCUACAGAUGACUAGUACAAAAGAACAAGUGGAUGAGGUUACCGACCUCCUUGCUAGCUUUACUUCACUCAGUUUGCAGAAGCAGAAGAUAGAGAAGAGGUAAUCGGCUUUUUCCACUGUUCUCUGAGUCAAAGGGAGGAAGAAGAGCAGCCAAAGGUCUUCUGCAAGACCACAGGUCUACUGCUGCCUCUACCAAGCAUGGUUUUCCUCCAGGAUCCCCACCGAACUGCCUGAGAUUGUUGGGGCAUUGUCACUGCCUCAGACUCUUCAUUGGGGGCAAGAGGUUCAGGGAGAGGCUCUGACCUUGGACACAGUGGCCUCUUUUCUUUGUCUUUUGGGGGGGUAGGGCAGGGGGGGAUAUGCAUCUGGACUGCUGUUUUAAUGUUUAAAGAGGAGCUGCUGAAUUUUAAGGAUACUGCCAGGUCCCACAUGUACCAGUUCCAAUGUGUUUUCAGCACAUGGGGGAAAGCCGUACCUCUAGGAUGAAUUAUUUCACAUGGCUUAUCUGCCUUUAAUCCCCCCAGUAGUUAAGCACAGGAAUUGUUGAGCAUUUUUAGAACCUUUAUAUCCUUGAUUUUUAACAUGGGGCAUAUUUUAACCUGAGAAUGGGCUGAAGGGCCCAGCCAACAAAGCUAGCUGCGCCCACAGCUAAGAAAAAGUGCAUUAAUCUCUACCAUUUCCCUGGCAUCAGCAUUUCUUUGAGAUUCUUAACUUCUGCAUCUCAGCUGUUCUGCCCCAUACUGCAUUUUGAUUCAUACGUGUGGGUCAGAAGAGAACUCUGUCAAAGCUGCUCAUAUUCAGAAUACUGGAGAAGAGAGUUAAAUUUAUCUUUGCAUCUGCCUGUUUGUUGCACAGAUCAAAGUAGCUGUUGUAUCAUAAAAAAAUUCUUAAGGUCCAGUGAUCAUCCCAUCAAGGAAAUUGGACUGAGUCCAAUCAUGAAUCUCCUUUAAAUGCUCUCCCUACACACUUGAGAAAGGAAGUGGGGGGAGUGCAGGCCCAAGGAUUAUAGGGGUAACAUGGUUUGUUGCAGAGACAAGGUAUGUUUUAGUAUCCAUUUAGCAUCAGGUGUAAAUUCUAAGGGAAGGGCAGCGUGAAUGAGCUUUUGCCUUAGACAAAUGAUCAUAGAAUCAUAGAGUUGAAAGGGAUCACAAGGGCCAUUAGUCCUCAUCUGUACAGUCUGUUAGGAUUCAUGCAAUCUAAACACAUACCAGUCUUUUUUCUGAACUCCCUCUGUUCCUCCAUAAAGUUAAUCAUAUAUUAGGGAGUUCCUUCCUCUGUUGAAACCCUCCUAUUGUGUGGUGGUAAUGUGGUGCCCUUCCAUGCAGGAAUACAUUGUAUUUCAUUUAUUACAGCAAAAAGCCAGCAUAGCAGGAAUACAUAACAAAAGUGUUCCUGAGAGAUGGUCUUCCAACCUCUGUUUAAAGAACUCCAAGGAAGCUCCACCACCUUUUGAGGCAGUCCUUCCACUGUACUUCAUGCCACCAUGAUUGCUGGCUUUGGUUGAGAGCAGGCUUUGAAUAUUUGUCUCAUUUGUGUCACAGUUAGAAAGAAUGCUUGUUUGUGAUGCUAAAAUUACGAAGAAAAAUAUUUAUUUCAUGGCCUUUGCACACUGUGAGACAUCAAGGACUCCGCUUAUACAAAGAUACAAAUGCCUGCUACAUGCUGACCCGUUACACUGAAAGCCUACAAGGAUCUUGUUGAUGCCUAGCAUCAUGUUUUGACUUCAGCCAAUCCACGGUCACUAGAAGAAUGAUGUCGGUGUAUUUAGCAAAUACUUUCUCAGGAGUCAGUGGUCUAUUCCUUUUAUCAUUGAAAUACGAGACUGUUUUAGGACCUUGAGACUGGUAGGUUAUUAUGACUUUUUUAAAAAAGUGUGUUGCUUUUGUGACAGACAAGAAUAACUGGAUUCAUAUCUUGGAUUUCACAAGCAAAAUUGCAUCAGUCCAAAUAAGAGUCCAGAUACUUGGAAGAAAGUUUGAGACGAAGUUGACUGACCUUGCCUGAGCUGUCACUGUGUUGAAUGCCAAGAACUUUAUUCCAGUGUGCAAGCAGGGCAGGAGGCAAUAUGAACUUUGUAAUUGUAAAUUUCAGUAAAAUGUUGUCUGCUU